GUAUGUUUAUAUAUACAUGCAUGCAUAUAUAUACAUAUAUAUAUACAUACAUACAUACAUACAUACAUACAUACAUACACACAUUUACACUUGUAGAAACUAGAGGACAGCUUUCAAAGAGUUGGUUCUCUCCUUCCACCAUUUGAGUCCUGAGGACUGAAUCCAGGUCAUCAAGCUUGAAAGCAGGCUCCUUUACCUACUGAGCCACCUUGUCGGCUCCCAUGUCCUGUUUCUUAGCUUCAGUUAAUCUAUUGCUAUAAAAUACCCCAGCUUGCAGGUUUGCAGAUUGCUAUUAAAUAUAAGACACAGAACUGCCUUGAGGGAUCGAUCCAUUUGAAGUGUGAGCGAGGAGGGAAGAGAGGCCUGUUUUGAACAACUUGGCCCUUUCAUCUGUCACUCUGGUUAUUGGGUGGUAGUAUACAUCCCGGCAGGCAUCCUGUCCUUCUGGUGAUGAGGCAGGACAUGGAGCCCUUUAGUUGCCCAGGCCUCUGGGGGAGCAAUUACUACUCCCUGGCUUCUUGAGCUGUGUGUAGAUGUCCUGCCCCCGUUUUUGCCCAGACUUCGCCCAGGCAAUAAUUUGAUAAUAAGAGAUCCUGAUUACAUUAAGCAGCCAUUUGCUUCUGGAUGAUGAUGUUAUAAAAGGGUUGCCAUCCACACUGCCUGCUUCUCAGAGGUCAAUAAUAGUCUUUAUAAUCGAGUACAAGCAGAAGGAUGCGCUGUCUAUUCCUGGUCACUUUUCCUUUGUUCCAUCAGAACGGGAACAUGUUCUGUGCUUUCCCAGCUGGCUCCUUCUGGGCCUCACCUUUGUCGUUGAAUUUAGAAGUGGCUAUACUGGGAAAGUGCCUGGGCACUGAGUUUGCAAACUGCUAAACUUUGUAAAUUAGGAUCACGUGCUCUGGGGCUAUCAUCUAUGGUUCUCACACACACACAUAUUCAUGUUCACACUUGUCGUUCUUAAAACAGCAGCUUUUCCAUUACUAAGAUAGUCUUGGUGAAUGUGUAGUGGUUCUGCCAGAUCCCAGACUUAACUGGGCUGCUCUCAGUAUUAGCAGUAUUGGAAGUACAGCCUGUCUGUAGUAUUUAGACAAGCAAGACAAGAAGGGGCUUGAAAUACCCCCUAGUGUACCACUUGUUCAGCCCAUUUGAGUCAGAAGUCCUGGAAACUGCUGAUGCCUCAUCCUGUAGGCUGUGGAGGUAAUGCAGGCAGAGGGCGGGCAGGGCUGUUAAUGCCCCGCCUGGUCUGGCAUUGCCUGUGCGCAGCUCCCUGGGAGCUCAGAAACCACACAGAGAUUGUAAUUGGUCGCUAGACCACACCUAGUUGUUGAGUGCUCCAGCUGCCUGAAGACCUCUCAGCUCUGCCCAGAUCUCUGGAGUGCGUACAAGUCUACUUUCACCAUACCUGAGAGCGGCUGUGGAAGCUGUGGAGGUGGAAGAGUCGUGGAAACUUUGCCAAGGCGAUGCAGACCUCGUCCACCAUCCACGUGCUGCAGUUGCUGCGGGAGCUGCUCGCCUUCGUGCUCCUCAGCUACACUGUGCUCAUCGGGGCGCUCCUGCUGGCCGGCUGGACCACCUACUUCUUGGUGCUGAAGUGACAGCGCCCCGGCCCCGCCCUGCUCCGCCCCGCCCCACCGCGCCUCGCCGUGGCUCCGAGCUUCCCCUCCCUGGCCACACAGUCUCCCUUUCCAGGAGCGGCCCCGCCUCGCCUCGCCCCCCAGCCCGCUGCCCGCGUCACGGCGCGCGACCCGGCUUCAGCACCCGUGCACUGGAGCCUGCGGGGACCGGCGACGAAGUCGGAGCGGUUGGAAGCCAGGUGCGACCGUUAGAGCGGUUUCCUGGUGUCCCGGCCCCGCCCACUCCGUUUGUCCAAUCGCAACCGCGUCCUCCUCUGGGGGCGUGACCAUGAAGCUCCGGGCUCCUUGGGCCCCGCCUCGCUUGCGCUUCUGCUUGCUAUGCUGCGUCACUUCCGGCGCGUGCGUCCGGCGUCGGUCCGCCGCGGGAUGGCGGCUCUGAGAAGUUGGGUGACUCGGAGCGUCUGCUCUCUGUUCAGGUACAGACAGCGUUUUCCUGUCUUGGCUAACUCUAAGAAACGCUGUUUCUCAGAAUUGAUAAAACCAUGGCACAAAACUGUGUUGACUGGAUUUGGCAUGACACUGUGUGCGGUUCCUAUUGCUCAGAAAUCGGAGCCUCAGUCUCUCAGUAACGAAGCAUUGAUGAGGAGGGCUGUGUCUUUGGUAACAGAUAGCACCUCUACCUUUCUGUCUCAAACCACCUACGCGCUGAUUGAAGCAAUCACCGAGUAUACUAAGGCUGUUUACACGUUAGUGUCUCUGUACCGACAAUAUACAAGUUUACUUGGGAAGAUGAAUUCCCAGGAGGAAGAUGAGGUGUGGCAGGUAAUUAUAGGAGCCAGAGUUGAGAUGACUUCAAAACAGCAGGAAUAUUUGAAGUUGGAGACCACUUGGAUGACAGCGGUUGGCCUUUCAGAGAUGGCUGCUGAGGCUGCCUAUCAAACUGGAGCAGAUCAGGCCUCCAUAACUGCCAGGAAUCACAUCCAGUUGGUGAAGUCACAGGUACAGGAGGUGCGCCAGCUCUCCCAGAAGGCAGAAACCAAGUUGGCUGAAGCACAGACAAAAGAGCUGCACCAGAAAGCACAGGAAGUGAGUGAUGAGGGGGCUGACCAGGAAGAGGAGGCCUACCUGCGUGAAGAUUGAGGGCCUGAGCCCAGUGCCCUGUCCAUCCACUCUGUGGGGAAAGCGGUGGAUGGUAUCCACCUAAUGUUGUCCCAGCUCUGCAGAGCUAACAGUCCUGCCAUUGACAGUCAGACCAGAGCCUUCUGUGAGCUGUGCCUGGCCCCUUGUCUGCUCACACCCUCUGUGCCUGGUUCUUAGCUCUGGGCGUGGCUCAGCACUGUCCCUCAGCACUGCUCCUCUCUUGCUGAUCUUUUAGCUCACACCCAAAGCAUUUCACCAACCUGGGCCAACAGAGGAGGGGCCUUUCCUGCCACACCCUUAAGUUCAGUAGCUGUUUAACUACAGUUUUUAAUGUUACUCGGAUGUUCAAGUGUGAUUUAGUGCUUGCUUCUCCACAGGGAAGUGGGGGGCUUGUCUGGUUUGUAACAUUUCUGUGUUUAUAAUGUCCUUUCUCCCUGUGAGCACAGCUCAGCUAUGGAGUUACUCAGGGCGUGAACAGCUCACCUGGUGCUCCCCACAGGCCCUUCUCUAACACGUACUUCUUGUUUGUUCCUUCUUUGAAUUUCUCUGCUGUAUCCAAAGGAAGAGAAGUUUAGUGUUUGCAUUAAAAAAGAGAGAUUGAGAGUGAGAGUGAGUCUUCAGGCUGUCCUGCAGCGUCUUCCUUCGCUCCCUAGGCAGUGGGAGCUGGGGGCCCUGGGGUCCUAAGGCUCCCUGGCAGCUGACACUCCCAUUCAGCACAUGCUAGAGAAGUUUGCCAGGUUUCAGCACUUUUAAUUAAAUAAGGUUGUUAGCAUAAAAAUAAAGAUCAUUUCCUGCUGACCACCAGG